AUGCCGUCAGGUGGAACGCGAGCCCCGCCCUACGUCAUGCCGUCUGGUGGAGCGCGAGCCCCGUCCUACGUCAUGCCGUCAGGUCAUCUUUGGUCAGGUGGAGCGCAAGCCCCGCCCUACGUCACGCCGUCAGGUGGAGCGCGAACUCCGCCCUACGUGAUGCCGUCAUGGAGACGCCGAUCUGCUAAAGAGCAGGAGCCGGAGCGGUGGACGGAACCGGGGAACCCGGAGGAGAAAGAGCCGGCGGAGCCAGAGGAGGGGACGCAGGCGCAGCGGCGGGUGGACGGGCAGAGACUAACUCAAAAUGCAGACUGUGUGGUUGUUCUUGACAACACAGCACUAAACCGGAUUGCAACAGACAGGCUUCAUAUUCAGAACCCUUCCUUUUCUCAGAUCAACCAGUUGGUGUCCACAAUCAUGUCUGCAAGUACCACCACACUCCGGUACCCAGGCUAUAUGAAUAACGAUCUAAUUGGACUGAUUGCUUCCCUUAUUCCCACUCCAAGGCUUCAUUUUCUCAUGAUUGGCUAUACUCCGCUUACGACAGAUCAAUCAGUGGCAAGUAUACGUAAAACUACAGUCCUGGAUGUCAUGCGAAGACUGUUGCAACCAAAGAAUGUGAUGGUGUCCACUGGCAGAGACAGGCAAACUAACCACUGUUACAUUGCCAUCCUCAACAUUAUCCAAGGAGAAGUGGUCCCUACUCAGGUCCAUAAAAGUCUGCAAAGAAUACGAGAGCGAAGAUUGGCCAACUUCUUACCGUGGGGACCAGCCAGUAUUCAGGUGGCAUUGUCACGGAAGUCUCCAUACCUGCCAUCAGCUCACCGUGUCAGUGGGCUUAUGAUGGCCAAUCAUACCAGCAUCUCCUCAUUGUUUGAAAGAACCAGCAGACAGUAUGAUAAACUCAGAAAAAGAGAAGCAUUCUUAGAACAAUUUCGCAAAGAGGACAUAUUUAAGGAGAGUUUUGAUGAACUGGAUAAUUCCCGGGAGAUUGUCCAGCAGUUAAUUGAUGAAUAUCACGCUGCAACUCACCCCGACUACAUUUCCUGGGGUACACAGUAGCAGUGACACAGACUGCUGCUUGCUGAGGGUUUACCGCUGCACAUUCCAUCAUUAUAUGCUGAUAAGUCGACUCUAUUAACAUUUCUGUUUAUCCUUUGUGAAGUGACUAACUGGAAUAUGGUGAAUAUGCAGGAUAGCCAGGCUUAGACCUGCAGGCUCCUGUGCGAAAUGAACAUCUUGGCUGAAUAUCUCCGCCCUGUUCCUUCCCUAGACAUGUUUUAAGGAAGAUUCCAGGUGACAACUAGUGAUGGAGACAUUGAUCAGAAAGUUUAGUUGUAUGACUGUUCGUUCAGGUCAGUGAUUCAGCAACAUAACUGCACAUUUGAUUGUCAUGUUGGUGUGAGCCUGGAGUCGCCCCAGUGAGUUAGUAUAUAGUGUGCAGUCAAACCCUUGUAGUAACAGGUCAUUGACUAUUCCCACAGUUCGGGAAAUACUUCCACUCACAACAGUUUAUUGUAAAAUGAAGCAUUUUUGGUAAAAGUC